CAUUGCAGUACCCCAAAGGAAGGGGAGGGGGGGGAGAGAGAUCGCCCUCAGUUGCAGGUAAUGAAACCAGUCGGUUGCCGACAGACAAACGUUGCCAUAUCAAAGGCGAAGCAGGGUGACGUCAAAAGCGUUGAAACAAGGGAAGUAGAUCUGGUGUCGUGAAUUUCGAACUGAUCAUUCGAAAUCCCCGCCAUUUAACUUCACAAGUGUUGCGUUAAAUUGGGGCAAGACUGAGGGAUCUCGCGGGCGAUUCAUUGAACAGAAAGCUGUCCAAUACAAUACAGUUUAAGACGCAAUUCCUAAAUGCAUGGCGGGGAAGGAGCGCGUCUUAUAGUAAAGAAGACGUCAUGAAUUUUCAUUAAUAAAUCUAAUUUGCUAAUCACUAGUACGAGAUAAAUUAUCUAUGUAGAGAUUUGGAGCCAAGGACUCCGUAGCCAUUCAAGAAUUUGCAGAUUACGGCCUUCAGCCAGAACUUUAAGUCAAUUCCUUGAUCUUAAAUGAUAACGUAACUGUCAUAUUUCACAUUCAAGAGUAAAAUAGAUUUAGUGAUAUCUGUAAUGUCGAAAUAAACGAUGAUUCCCGCCUGAAUUACAAGGAUUCUGUAGUUCACGCGGGAAAGCGUAAGUUUCUUUUGAAGAAGGGCGAAGCAACGCUUCAUUCCUGCCCAGACCCUGAACCAUGUAAGUACCGUGAAAUUUGUGUGUCUCUCAAUUCUCCGACUCCCAGCCAUCGCCAUGCUAGGUCGAAUUCCGUCGUAACAGUAAGUUAACUUUAUCCACGUAUAUAUGUGCCAUCCCUGCGAUGAGGGACUCGAUUUAUGCAGCAAAUGAAAGCUGCCAGUGCAAGAAUGUUAUUUGUUUGUGAUAUUGAGUCAAUGGGUCUCGUAUUGUGCAGAUUUUUCGUCCAGUUGUGGACUUAGUGCUUUACAAGCACGUGACAUCAAAGACCCUAUGUGCUACCAAAUAAAAAGGCCAUGAGAAUUUUCAGGUUAUUUGAAUUAAAUUGGUGAGUGCAGUAAGAAACUGCGUGUACUGUGGAAUUCUGCUAGGAACUUUAGUUUCGGUGUACUGUUAAUGUAUUUAAAUGUUUAUUUUUCGUAAUAAAACUGUUUUGUUGACCAAAUUUUAUUGUAUCUCACCCUAAGAGUUUUAGAGUGCGCGCCUCUUCAAGGCCUUGUCAUCGGCCCAGAACAUCCGGGCACGAAUCAUAAAAAAAAAUUAUAAUAAAAAGUCGAAGAAAAUCCCGACAUUUGGUCCUUCGAGAACCGGAUGACAAGUGCGCUCUAGAGCUUGAAGGGAAAUUUCAAUAAAGUAUGGUCUAUAGGGUAGCCCUGAUAGGACACAGUCAGCUCCCACCGAAUCUGCCACAGUGUUCAGAUAACCAGAUUGAGAUCUAUAGAAGGCCAGGAGGUCUGGUCAGUCAAUUUUUAGAUAGUAGUCUAUCAUUCUGGCAGAGACGGUAUGAGUUGGUCGUGUUGUAUGUAGGAGGAAACGACCUAGCAAUCGAUCACCCCAAAACCGUUUGGGAUAAUUUACGUACUCUUAUUGAACGCUUGAGGAAAAUUUGUGAAAUAAUUGCUAUCUGCGACGCAGAGAUCAGAGAGUAUCUCCCUGAUAAUCGUUUUGCUAUAAAUUCCGUUGAAUAUGUCAAAAAAGUAAAGAACUUUAAUGCGAGAAUCUCCAAAUACUGCUACAAAAGAAGUCGGUACGGAGUCCGACACUUGCCUAUGAACUCUCGUGCCUACCGCGAAGGCAAACAAAGGCUCGGAGUCCAUUUUGAUUCAGAAAUCCAUAACGCAUUCCUCAAUCGCUUAAUGAGAUUAAUCAGGAGAGAGAGAGACAGACAAAAUAACUAGGCUCAGCUUGUUCCGAUGUGCAAUUAGCCCCAUGUGUCACUAGUCCUUGUACCCCGUCUUCCUAACGUAAGAAAAAUCCUCAUUUCCUAGUCUGCAUAAACCCCCCCUAAGAAGUAGAGUAAAUAAUACAAAAUGGCAGUGGCUAUGAUUGUUCACUUCGAGGCCUCGCUGAGUCUCACCGCGGACUUACUCGCCGAAUCACAGCGUGCGUUAGUAGAAACGUAUUCUGAGAGCUUGUACCAAAAUUUGGUCAUGCAGUUGAGACAAGAAAAAGGUCAGCUUCGAGAGCUGUACAAACGUCAAGUCGUAAAGUUAGAAUCUAACUUAGAUGCCAGAAUCAGGCAAACCUUAGCAGAAGCUGUGCGAGCUUCUACCCUUUUGUUGAAUCGAAUCGAUAAACUGAAAGUCACUCAGACAGGGAAUGUUUCCCUCCCCAAAUUGAAACCGCUGCCUCUCCCCACUUUUGAAGGGGAAGUGCAGGAAUAUGCUUCUUACAGAGAAUUGUUCACGAUCCACGUGGAUCGAAGGGCAGAUUUGGACGACGUGUCCAAAUUUACUUACUUGUUAGGGACUCUGGGCAGGGAUCCGCUUAGGAUCGUUAAAUCCCUAAGUGUAACCGCCGCGAAUUACCAGGUAGCGUUAGAUCUCUUGGAUAAGCAAUAUGGUAAUGUACACCAAACGCUCGUGAUCUUGCAUCGAAAACUUGCCAACAUAUUCGUACCCUCGUUGAACCCCAUAGAGCUGAAGAAGUUCAGGUUUGAGUUAACAGUGAUCAUUGAGCAAAUCAAGAGGCUCAGUACUAAUGAUAUAGGCCAUGGCAUGGUCAUGAGCCUUAUCAAUCAGAAGUUGUCAGAAGGUAAGCUCUAUCGAAAGGUGGUCGAACACCUCAGAAAAUGUGACUAUAAUUUAGAAGAAUUUUUUGAAGCUAUAGACUUCAUAAUUCGCAUGUUGGAAGAUGACGCGUUACAGCGAGGCAAGAAAUUAGAAUCUGAUAAGAAAAACGAUGUUAGCGUUAGACCCAAAACGAAACCUAUGCAGAAUAAUUCUUGUCCCUAUUGCAAUGAACGGCACCCGACUCACGGAUGCCGCCGAGUAAGUGACGUGGCUGCCAGACACCGCAUUCUACUAAGGAAGGGCCUGUGUUUUAAUUGCCUUCAGUCAGGUCACCGUAGUGAUAGAUGCACUAACCCCAAUUCAUGUAAAAGUUGUGGAAAUAAUCAUAAUACUUCCAUUUGUGAUAAUAGCAGCUUUAGAAAAGCACAUUCAGUUCCCUUCACUUCGUCCCGAAGUAAUCCCAGUUUAGUAAGUAACAGUCAAGCUACAACCUCCCUCCCUGUAGUAAAUGCGACUACCAGACAGCACGAUAGAAACCCCCGUCUGCCCAAAGAGAAAGUAGAAUCACAACUGUGUAAGAGCGCUAAAGUAGCCCAAACGUCUAGUGUAGAUCUUCCCUGUACGAUUUUGCCAACGGCCAUGGCCGAGAUCCAUCACAAGCAGGGGAGUAAACGGGUUUGCUUGUUUUUGGACACUGGGAGUCAACGAAGUUUUAUCUCCGCUAAAGCAGUUAGGCCUGCCAGUGGUAGGCAAAGUGGCAUUAAACAUUGCUCCCUUUGGUUCAGCAGAAAUCAGUGGCCAGUAUGACGUAGUGAGUUGCCGGGUAGAGAUGGGUAAUAGAAUUGUUCGAAUGAAACUAGUUGUUCACGAGAACGUAGACGUCCCGAUUCAUAACGCAGGGAAGGGAGUCACGUUAGCAGAUCCUGACAGCAAGAGCGAUAAGUUACGAAACGUGCACAUUCUUGUGGGUGCAGACUAUUUUAAUUAUUUCAUUAUUGGAUUAGAAAAGAUAGAUGGGAUGAGUCUUUUUCUGACCCAUAAUGGCAUGUCGCCAUAUGGGAGAGUGCCACAGUGGCUAUUAGAAGGUCACAAGAUAGAUCAUGUGAGAACACUCAGGGUAUGUAGCGUCGCGAGCGAACCAAUUGCAUUUGAUGUUGAUGAAUGGUGGCGUUUAGAUACCUUAGGCAUCGCCCCAUCCGAGCAGUACACUGUCCGCGAAGCAGAAGCCAUGCGAAAGGUUUCGCAGAGUGUAACGAAGAAGCCUGAAGGAUAUCAGGUUAGCUUGCCGUUCCGUUCAGAAGGUAGGCCAGGAACAAACUUUAGAAAUGCUGUAGCACAGCUGGAUUCGCUGCAAACCAAAUUUCAGAAAGACAAGGAAUACUAUAAUCAAUAUCAGGGAGUGAUCGACAAAUACCUGGAGGCAGGAUUUAUAUAUGAAGUAAAAGAUCCAAAAAUAGAAGGAUACUACGUGCCGCAUUUUGGCAUUAAAAAGGAUAGCCGCACGACCCCCCUUAGAAUCGUAUUCAACGCCUCAUCCAAAGUUAUGAAUAAUAAAUCCUUAAAUGAAUGCCUGUUACCUGGGCCUAAUUUAGUAGAGUUGGCCUAUAAUUUGCUUCUAAAGUUUCGAAUGAAUAAAUACGCCAUGCUUGCAGACAUAAGCAAAGCCUUUCAUAGAGUACUAUUAGAUCCCCAUGAUGCCAAAUAUACAAGAUUCCUGUGGCGAGAGGUAGCAGGUCGAGCGCUGACCUUCGCUUUCAGAGUCGUGGUGUUCGGCAUCACGGCUAGUCCCUUUUUGUUACAACAAGUGUUGAGUCAUCAUUUUAAGUUAGAAGG